AUGGCUGAUGAUCAAGGGAAUCAAGACAGUUUGAGACAGUUUGUUGCCGAUGAAUGUAAAGCUCAAGCUACAGAGGUAAGUGCAUAGCAUAUGAUCUUUGGUCAGACAUAAGAGAACAGAAAAUGGCCAUUUUUUCGUGGCGUUAUUAGACAAUGAAUUACUCUCUGAUCGAUGAGAAACUUACACAGAACCCUAAAUGCUUUUAUCUCCUCGCUCCCAUCGGUUUUUUCUGAUGUUUUCCUUUUCUUCUCAGCGGUCUGACGUUGAAAACCCUGAGAAUGUGACUUUAGAUGCCGAGAGAAUGAAUAACUUUUAUCAGCGUGCGUUGAGGGAAAGCGAGCGGUGAGUAGUCUGAUAAUUAUGUGAUGUGACAGCUGCGGAUAAACAAAGCAACUGUCACCGUUUCUCUUCUUCAUUGUCGAGUACAUAAUUGAGCAUAAUACCACUCGUAUGCCUUCAAGUUAUGUUUUUUUGAAUGAUUUACUUUAAAAGAAUACGGUAAAGGUUAACAAGAUUAGUUUUGGAAAACUUUUUUCGAGGUUUGGUGCUCAUCCUUGUAAGACAACUGUGAACGCAUUUUCCUUGUUAUUGUGGUUGCAUAUUUUUAUUAUUAUUGUCAUUAUUAUCAUUACCAUUAUGGAGUAUGUCUUUUAAAUUGUAUCAAUUCAUCUUUUCUAUGAUACUCAAACUGUAGACAGGCUUUAUUUUUUUGGUGGACCUAUUGCAUAUGAGAGUUGAUCCUUCACAGUUUCGAUGGCUUUGAAUAAUUUAGGGGGUAUUGCAGUUUAGAUCUCUGAGCAAUGACAGCUCUUACAACAAAUCAAAACCACAGGUUUUCCACUGUCACCCACUUCUUUGAUAUUCAUUCUUAUAUAUGGGUAUUUUAAAAGCUAAUGUGAUGGCUAACUGCCAAUUUUUCCUCAUAGCUUGGUCGAUUAGAAGACUGCCAAGGUUUUCUUGUACAGUCAUUAGUUCAACACCUGUUUAGGCCUGAUUGUUGUUUGUUAUUUCAAGGCUUCACAUUCUCAACUUCUCAUGUUCUGGAAUAGCCCAAUUUUGAUGUUUAAAAUUUUGAGUAAAAUCGAAGUGCAUUACUAAGAAGGUCUAAGUCCAAGAGGGUCUUCCCAGAGUCUUGUGCUGAUGUCUAUGAGUGCAAUUAUUUUUUACUUCUAAAUAUCAAUGAUAAUAAAGUAGCAUGAUCUGAUAGUGCCAUACAAUCCCUGAUAGAUCCCGACUGAUAUGCAUUUUAUUCUUGGUUUAGAAUGAGCAAUGAAGUCACAAGAUCCCACAUGCAGAGAAGUGAACUUCAUAAAGAACUUGGAGCAGACAUGUUUAAGAGCUGGACACAAGAUCAUGCUCAAGAGGUCCUCAGUUCUGAAAGGUAUGAACUGUGGAGUAAAGAAGAAGAAAAGGCAGAAGAAGCUCUUAAACAGCUGAAGAAUUCAUCAAUCUGUGAAGAUGAAAGCAGUGAUGAUGCAUCACAUUGACAAACGCUAUUAUAUUGGAACAUAUGGUAACAGAAAUUAGGAAUCCAUGGAAGUCUUGGUAUUUAAAAAUGUGUAUAGAUUGACUGUUAUAUUUUUGGUACAUGAAUUUGUGGCUCACAGCUAAUGACUUAGAGUCUAGCACAAGGUUGUACCAUUUUUGUUACCAAUAUAAGGACACAACAGACACUGGUUGUGAUGAAAACAACAUACUAUAAAAGGCCUGUUUACAUGGAGGUUGGGAAUCCCCGAUAGAUAAGGUAACUUGCCUUUCCAUGUAAUCUCUUAUUUUAUCUUGAUCACAUUUACACGACAGGCGUGGUGAGUCUCACCCAGGCAGGAUAAGCCCAGUCUGCCAGGUAGGGUAACCCUGUCAGUUGGGGUGACAAUUUGCCAUGUAAAGGUCUCAAGGUGGGGUAAUCUGCCUAGUGGGGGUCGGGUUCAUGUUGCAAAGAUGUGAAAUGAGCAAAACAAUAACAAAAAACAUGUGUUUCAAAACUUUGUGCAUUUCGUAGCCGUCCUAUACAGAACUAAAUAAUAAACCACCAACUUUUACAUCCUCUCAGCAAUGAAACCCUGAGAGCAAUUUUUGUCAUGUUUUUACUUUGAACUCAAUACGACAUUCACAUGUUAUGCUAAAGUGAAGACAUUAUACUGUCACAAAUGCUUAAUGCAUCCAGUUAUUGCCAAAAAUCUUAGAAGGAAAAAAAUUUUUUUUUUCGGCAACCAUAUACCUCAGGUCAUGGUAGUGACAUCUUAACUUCCUCGGUGCAAGCACAACAACAACCUCAAGAUAUUUCCUGGCAUCCAGUGGUUAUAAGAUUGUUUGUCUACACUUGCUGUGUUUUCAACCAUGGCUCGACAGGUUACCUCACCUACCUGGGUCCCCCACUUCCAUGUAAACAGGUCCUAAAUUUGGUUUCAGUUAUAUGGACAUUUU